AUGGGAAUAGGUUGUGUCUUGAUGCAGCAUGAAAAAGUUAUAGCUUACGCUUCCCGGCAGCUUAAAAAGCAUAAAAUAAAUUACCCUACUCAUGAUCUGGAACUGGCAGCAGUGAUUCAUGCUCUAAAGAUAUGGAGGCACUAUUUAUAUGGUGUUCAUGUUGAUAUCUAUACAGACCACAAGAGUCUCCAGUAUAUUUUUAAGCAGAAAGACUUGAAUUUGCUGCAGAGGAGAUGGAUGGAGUUCUUAAAAGACUAUGAUGUCGAUAUUUUAUAUCAUCUAGGGAAGGCCAACGUCGUAGCAGAUGCACUCAGCCGUAAGUUCUUGGGUAGCUUGGCAGGUGUUCCACCAGGAAAGAAGGAAAUAGUUCGUGAAAUUAGUCAAUUGGCCAGUCUUGGAGUUCGCUUGGAUGAAUCUGGAGAUAAUGGGGUUUCGGUUCGAGAGUUUGCUAAAUCUUUCAUUAUAGAAGAAAUAAAGCGACAUCAAUAUGAAGAUCCUAUUUUGGCACGGUAUCGAUAUACAGGUAUUGACAAAGAGAAGACCUUUUUUGGUAUUAUAUCUGAUGGAGUAUUAUUAUACAGGGGUAGGUUAUGUGUACCUAACGUUGCUGGGCUACGGCGACAGGUUAUGGGUGAGAUCACAUAUUCAACUGAGGAUUAUGCCAGGUUAUAUAUUAAGGAGAUAGUAAAGCUCCACGGAGUUCCUAUAUCCAUUAUCACUGAUAGAGGUGCCCAGUUUACAGCAAAUUUCUGGAGAUCUUUUCAGAUGGCACCGUAUGAGGCUCUGUAUGAAAGAAAAUGCAGGUCACCUAUAGGUUGGUUCGAUGUGGGUGAAACUAAGUUGAUUGGCCCAGAUCUGAUUCAGCAGGCAGUUGAGAAGGUGAAGCUUAUUCAGGAACGAUUAUUGGCAGCUCAAAGUCGACAGAAAGCAUAUGCUGACAACCGGCGUCGACCUUUAGAGUUCCAAGUGGAUGACUGGGUAUUCUUGAAAGUGUCACCUAUGAAGGACGUCAUAAGAUUCGGUAGAAAAGGAAAGCUUAGUCCGAGAUACAUCGGGCCUUAUCAGAUUGUCCGUAAAGUAGGCAAGGUUGCCUAUGAGUUGGACCUACUAGCUGAUUUAGAAGCAGUACAUUCGGUGUUUCACGUGUCUAUGCUUUGCAAAUUCAUUGGCGAUCCUUCCAGUGUAUUUCCCAUACAAGUCAUUCAGGUGACCGAAGAGCUGUCCUAUGAGAAAGAGCCGGUGGCUAUUUUAGAUCAUCAGGUCAGGAGAUUACGCAUCAAAUAUGUGGCCUCGGUUAAUGUAUUAUGGCGCAAUAAGCACCGAGAAGAAAUAACUUGGGAGGCUGAGGAAGAAAUGAAGGAGAAGUAUCCUCAGUUGUUUUCUGCACCCACAGGUAACCUAAAUAUCUUAUUUAUCUAUGUUGGUUAG